UUGACUAUUUAGUCAAAGUAGCCCAACUGAGCCAGAUUGUCGAAAUGGGAGUUCUACACAUUGUGUUGUCGCUGCUCUUCGUGAGCGUGGCCACCGCUCAAAUAGCUGCGUACAAAAAGUAUCCUGCCUCCUGCAAGGAGGCUAAGGCCAAGAAAAAUGGCAUAUACAAGAUUCAAUUGAACGGCGGUGAACCCUUCAAUGUCUACUGCGACGCUACGCUCAAUGGCACCGGCUGGCUGGUCAUCCAGCGUCGUGUCGAUGCCCGGCUCAACUUCUUUCGCAAUUGGUCCACGUAUCAGCAGGGCUUCGGAGAGCUGGACGGCAGCUUCUUCAUUGGCCUCGAUAAGCUGAAUGCUCUGACGGUCGCCCAGCCCAAUGAGCUGUACGUCUACCUGGAGGACUUUCAAGGCCAGGGCCGCUUUGCCAAAUACAAUGCCUUUGGCAUUGGCAACGAGGCGAAUCUCUACGGCCUGAAUACACUGGGCAGCUACUCAGGCAACGCUGGCGAUGCGCUCAGAUAUCAGCAGUACUCGAAGUUCAGCACUUACGAUCGCGACAAUGACAACAGCACCAGCAACUGCGCCGUCCAGUUCUCAGGUGCCUGGUGGUAUAACAGCUGCAUGUACAGCAAUCUAAAUGGCGAAUACUUGGGAGGCGAGUACGGUCAAGCGCUGGCAGGUCGCGGCGUUUGCUGGGUGCAGUGGCAGGGCGUUAACUAUUCGUAUAAGCGAGUGCAAAUGAUGAUACGUCCUCUGAAAUAGAUAAUACCACGACGAAUUUGACUGUAAUGGAGCUGAUGUCUUUUGAUUUUGAUGUAGGAUCAUUUGGUGCGCUGACAGCUGCUCCAGUCACGAUCUGUAAAUUCCGCAUAACUUUGUCAAAUGUUCGCUGCCGACAGUUUGUCGGAGCCAGAGCCGGAGCCGGGGCAGCAGCCUACCUAAAAUAGAAACUCUUAAUUGCGAGUAUUACGUUGAAAAUGAUACCAAUAAACACAGAGCAGAGCGACAAAAACCAAAAACUAAAAACAAAAAAAAACUGUUUUGGACACAAAAUUAGAACAAAAUGCGACGUCUUCACGCACUAAAUGUCUUAUGCAUGUAUGUGUAUAUAUACUUAACAAUAUACACUGUGGCGACAGCUAAGAAAUUCUAUAAAAAAAGCGAACGAAUGUCUAGAACAAUAUUUGAGCGAACAUUUUGAAACAACUUUUCCAAAAAACUCACACGGCCACAGACCAUGGCAGCGACAAAGACAUUUUCAUUACUUAUGCGUCCCUUAGGCGAAAGGGUAUAUCAGCUGGCACAAAUUGUUGAAGGCGGAAGGGUUCAUCAGCUAUUGAAGGAAUUUUGAUUUUGUAUCUAUAGAGUUCGAUGUUUCAAAAUAAAAUAUAAGAGAAAGUGAA